UUGGCGCCAUCUUCGCCGGGCUCGAUGGGUUCGAUGGGUAGCGUUUUUCUUCCUUCCAUUCAUACUUGGACGAACAGCGGACGCGUACGCUUGGUGUGGUAAACAGUGCCCUCGAUCGACAAAGGAAACAAAGUGAAAAGUACAGUACUGAAAGUGUAAUUCGGUGUGUUGUGUAGCUAGUUUUGUAAAGCCGGUAUACUGUUUAUUUAUUUGUGCGAUAACAUCCCUGUGUAAAGAUGGUUCUAGAGAAGGAAAACUUAGCCGAAGCCAUGGAGGGUAUCAUCAAGAACACUCGCAAAGUGCUGACGGAGAGUGGUGCAAACGUAACCCCAACCAAGACGAUACCAAGCACCACAAACACGAUGGAGGAAAUCAAGGAAACCAUGGACGAAAAUACGGCCGAACCAAAGGAACAGACCAAAUGUGAAUUGUCCGAGGUGCAUAUGCAGGAAUCUGCACCGUUCGAUCCAUCGAUCGAACCACUGCUAAAGGAUAACCCUCGUCGCUUUGUGAUCUUCCCCAUUCAGUAUCCCGACAUUUGGCAAAUGUACAAGAAGGCGGAAGCUUCGUUCUGGACCGUGGAAGAGGUGGAUCUGUCCAAGGACAUGAAAGACUGGGAUUCAUUGAAACCGAGCGAACGCCACUUUAUCUCGCACGUGCUUGCCUUCUUUGCCGCAUCCGAUGGCAUCGUGAACGAAAACCUGGUCGAACGUUUCAGCCAGGAGGUACAGGUAACGGAAGCUCGCUGUUUUUACGGCUUUCAAAUAGCGAUGGAAAAUGUGCACAGCGAGAUGUACUCACUGCUAAUCGACACGUACAUUCGUGACUCAAAGGAAAGAGAUUUCCUGUUCAAUGCAAUUGAAACGCUGCCGUGCGUGAAGAAGAAGGCCGAUUGGGCACUGAACUGGAUCUCAAGCAAGAAGGCAAACUUUGGCGAGCGUGUCGUCGCGUUUGCUGCUGUCGAAGGUAUCUUCUUCAGCGGUAGCUUUGCCGCCAUUUUCUGGCUGAAGAAGCGUGGACUGAUGCCGGGACUUACCUUCUCGAACGAGCUGAUUUCGCGCGAUGAAGGACUACACUGUGACUUUGCCUGCCUGAUGUUUAAGUAUCUGGUACAGAAACCUUCGAAGGAGCGCGUGACGGCCAUCAUCCGUGAUGCUGUUGCAAUCGAGCAGGAAUUUUUGACGAAAGCCCUGCCAGUCGAUAUGCUCGGUAUGAACUGCGAUCUCAUGUCACAGUACAUUGAGUUCGUAGCCGAUCGUUUGCUGUUGGAGUUGGGCUGUGACAAGAUCUACCACACCAAAAAUCCGUUCAGCUUCAUGGAAUUCAUCUCGCUCGAGGGUAAGACGAACUUCUUCGAGAAGAAGGUGGGCGAAUACCAAAAGUGGGGUGUGAUGGCCAACCGUCUUGACAACGUGUUCACGCUUGAUGCGGACUUUUGAGCGAGACCGCAUAAAACAGGGAAAACGCUAGACGGUUUCGGGAUCAGAGGCUGACGACGCAUCCGGUAUGCGUACUUCUAUGAUAAACCGCGUGGCAAUAGUAAGAUUUAGCUGUAAAGUUAGAGCAGCUUUCCAAUCCCACCCAUCGUUCGAUUCUUCGUGAUGAAACUUAUCCUUUUCUUUAUCAAACCUUUUCUCGCGACUUGACAACACACAGCACUUGCAAUCAGGCUCAUCAUCAGAAGGUACUAGACACGAGAACAUUGUAUGUUUUUAUGAUUUUUUGUUUUAUUUUAUUCCAAGAUGUAAACCUAGUUUCCUUUUAAUUAGGUUCGAUAACUGUCUGUUCCCAAUAUAUGUCACUCCCGAAGUGCAUUAAUACUAUUUCUACGUUAAGAUUAGCUAAAAUUAUUCCUAUCUUUCCACAAAAUCAUACAUUAAUUUUACCAAUCGAAAUACCAUAGCAGGGGGAAACGUGUGAAAAUUGCGGCACAGAAACAAGUUUUGACGCAAGUUACGUUCAUGAUUCACGGCUUGAGCAGGGAAAAUGUGCAGUGGCACGUUUUUCUAUUAAAUAUCACCAAAACUUCUUAGUAAUGGUUGAUACGACACGGCCUGCAUUGUCGUGGAAGAGGGUGCCCAGGUGCUAUGAAGUUUAGGAUACAAUUAAAUUGUAAUUUUAGUAUCAUUAGUAGAAUAUAAUCAGACGUAUACACAUCAUCGCUUAAUGGAAUGGAACAUCUGUUUUGAUGAAUCUGCCUAUGAAUAAAGAGUUUUAUAAAUAUA